UUACUUUUACUAUUAGCACAGGUAAAUUCAUAAUUACCCAAACACCCUUACACAGUUACACUCAUUUUUCUUCACAAACGACUCAAAGCUACCAUAUUGGCGGUCUCCGCCACCUAACCCUUUCAACCACCACAAACCACCAUCUCUCUAACCCUAAAUUAAUUAAUUGCAACAAAUAACAAAUACUUCAAUUGUUCAAUUGAUUGUGAAUCAGACUUCAUUCCUAAAUUGGCAUCAUCAGAUCAACGAAAUUAUACCGGAAGAAAUCGCCGGUUGCCGGAAUCUCACUUUCCUAGACCUAAUUUGAAGUGAUGAAGGACAAUUACGCGUCAUUACUGGAGAGAUUAAAGGAAAAUGAGAUGAUUAUUUGGCGAUGAUCUUGUGAUGCAGGUUGCUAAAAGGAGGAGAUUCCCAGGAUGUGAAUUAGUGUCUCCUUCGGCGGUAUGGAUACCAUUUCAGUAGAAACUUCAUGCCUGUCUGCUGUUGGAAGUUCUCUCUCACCAGUCACCACCGUUCAGAUGAUGCCAAUGCAGAAACAAGCAGCACGUAUUAUGUUCCUUGUGAAGCAGAAAUCUGUACCAAUAUUUCCUCAGAAGAACCUCAUGCAUUAACUCAGCCAGUCAGUAUUACAAGUAUGGUGACGAAGUCGAUUCAACGAUGGGCUGCCACCAGUUUAAUAUUCUUGACCAAAACUUUUGGUUGAGGAGGAAAUCACCUAUAUGCGUACAACUCCUUGGGCGAAGAAACUUCAUGUUGAAUAAGAUGGUUACGAAGACGAUUCAAUGAUGGGCCAGUGCCAGCCUAUUAUUCUUGACCAGGACAUUUGGUUGAAUAAGAAACCACACAUUGACGUCCAACUCCUUGGACGAAGAAACUUCUUGUUGAAUGUGUCAUUCAUUUUGAUAAUGUUAAUGCUGAGACGACCAGGAUGUAUUGUUUUCCAUAUGAAGCAAAGAUCAGUUUCAAUACCUUGGUAAUUCCUCAGAACGAAGAACCUCAUGCCAGUACAUUUCCAUAGACAAAUUCUGUGAUUUGUAUCAGGUUCAACUCAAAGGCCAUGCUUUACCCUCCUCCUUUAAUGACCGAGCACUUGUGAUUCAAAUUAUAAUUGUUCUUGAUGCUCUUGUUAAAAAGAUGCAAGCUAUGUUAAAAAGAAAAAUAAUGCAAGUUUGAAGGAGGAGCUGAAGAAGAUGGAAAAGGUCCGAGUAUAUGGGAUACUUACACCCACAAAUUCCCUGGAAGAUGUGAAGAUCAUGAAGGAAAUGGGACUGAGUGCUUACCGGUUCUCAAUUUCAUGGCCCAGAGUAUUGCCUUGUAUGUCAUUAUAUGCAUAUGGAAAAGUAAGCAAGGGUGUGAACCGGAAAGGAAUAGCUUAUUACCACAACCUUAUCAAUGAACUCUUGGCAAAUGAUAUACAACCAUUCAUCACUCUUUUCCAUUGGGAUCUUCCUCAGUCAUUACAAGAUGAAUAUGGUGGCUUUCUUAGCCCUCACAUAGUGGAUGAUUUUCGUGACUAUGCAGACUUUUGUUAUAGAGAAUUUGGUAACAAGGUGAAGCAUUGGAUUACACUUAAUGAGCCAUGGACCUAUAGUACAGGCAUUUACACAACUGGAAUCUUUUCAUCCAAGCAGUGCUCUAAAUCAAACCCCCAGAAUUGCAAAGUCAAUAUGGCCACUGACCCUUAUGAAAUCGCGCAUUACCAGCUUCUUGCUCAUGGUGCAGCAGUUCAAAUUUAUAGACAGAAAUAUCAGGCAUCUCAGAAAGGUGUAAUUGGCAUUGCUAUUAAUUCAGAUUGGUUCAUUCCAUAUUCUCAAGCAAAGCAAGACCGGAGCUCUGCACUUAGAGCUGUUGACUUUAUGUUUGGAUGGUAUAUGGACCCUAUAACACAUGGUGACUACCCACACACAAUGCGCUUUCUUGUGGGAAGUCGCUUGCCUAAAUUUUCAAGAGAACAGUCUCGCAUGUUAAAGGGUUCAUUUGAUUUCAUUGGCUUGAAUUAUUACACUAGCAGCUAUGCCGCAUAUGCUCCUAGUUUUAGGAAUACAGAGCCCAGUUAUAGUACUGAUUCUCUUGUUAAUAUGACAUUUGAGCGUAAUGGAAUACCAAUUGGUCCAAAGGCUGCUUCAGAUUGGCUUCAUAUUUAUCCAAGAGGGAUUUUUGAUCUUCUACUCUAUAUCAAGCGAAGAUAUAAAAAUCCAAUCAUUUACAUCACAGAAAAUGGUUGUGAUGAGUCAAAUGAUCCUAGAUUGUCUCUUGAGGAAGCUUUAACUGACAGCAUGAGGAUACAUUACUACCAUGGUCACCUAGCCUUUGUGAAACUUGCUAUGAGGAAUGCAGUUAAAGUGAGAGGAUAUUUUGCUUGGUCAUUGUUGGACAACUUUGAGUGGGGCUCUGGAUAUACUGUUCGUUUUGGCAUAAACUAUGUUGACUACAAAGAUGGACUGAGACGAUACCCCAAGCAUUCUGCUAAAUGGUUCAAGAAUUUCCUUCAUAGAUAAAACAGUUCCUGUACCUUUUAUAGAACUUUUCCUCUUUAGUUUCAUUUCCCUCCCAUUGUCCUUAGGCUACAGAACUUGUUCAAAUCUGUUCUUUGCAAGGACUUGGUUGGAAUGAAUUACUAAUUCUGAUUAUAAUGAAUUUUUUCCUCAAUGAUACAAAAUGAUUGAACUUAGGAAUAUAAUGCCUUCUCUGAAGGCAGAAUAAGAAUCCAUCUAAGUAAACAUAAUGGUAGUCUAACUACUGCAAUGUCUCCUAUAGUAUGUUCUGCAGCUUCAACAUUAUUUACUACUUGAUUUGGUUCAUUACAAACAUGUAGCAAGUUAUUGAUGUCACAAUUCACAAGACUUCCACAGGAGUCUGAUGUCUUCAAUCAACAGCUAGAUCGUACUCAGAGUUUGAUCUAGAAGAAGGUUUUAUUUCGUUUGAUCUCCAAAUCAUCUUACUUAAAUUUUGAAGCGUCUAAGUGUCUUGAAGAUGUAACUAUGCAAAUGCAGAUGGUGCAAAUGCGGAGAUGCCAGCCUGUGUAUGCUCGACAUGAAGCAGAAAUCAGUACUCGUAUUUUAUCUGAAGAACCUUCAUAUCAGUAUAGCUCUGUUUCGCUGGAAUGUCUGUUGCUCGACAAUUCCUUAUGACAAUUCAGGUUAGCUGAGCCUAAAUUUAGAUGGAGAUAGCGGUUUUCUUUUUGGGACAGCUUCAUCAGCAUAUCAGUAUGAAGGUGCAGCUCAUGAAGAUGGUAGAGGUUCAAGUAUAUGGGACACUUAUACUCAAAAAUAUCCAGAUAAGAUUAAAGAUCGAAGUAAUGGUGAUGUGGCAAUAGACUCAUACCAUCG